UAAGCACGCACACACACACAUGCAUGCUCUCCCAUGUGCAUAAAUCACCUCUACUUCUCUCUCUCUCUCUCUAAAACCGAUUCUCUUUCUGUUGCGGUGUCUCUAACGGUUUUUCAGUUCCCUUGGCGGGAAACUAGAUUUUUUUGAAGGAUUUAGCUUUUGUGCUCCUUGCACCAUUGACUCUCCCUGCUCCCAACCAAUCAGGUACAUCCACGUGUUUCCAAACAAUCAACGAGCUCGCCAUUUUGAAUCAAACGACCAAGGGUGGUUCUGACGAUUCUCAUCCAUCAUGCUCUACUAAGUACCAGACUCACUCAUCUGCUGCUAUAUAUAUAUAAAUAAUAUAAGUUGCGAAGGAGCUUCGUUUCUCUCCUUUUCUCUUUGUCUCGAGAGAAAUGGAGAUAACGCAACCACCACCGUCCGGUUCAAAACCGGCGACGCAAACAGCUGCACAAUCACCACCUUUUGAUUACCACCAACCAAACGAUCAAGAUCAGUUCGCGUCCAAUUUCACCUCUCUCUACCUCUCGAUCUUCCCGCCAAAACCCUUGCUGCUCCCGAACUCGCUCUCCUUCACUCCCUCCACCACCGCCUCCCCUACCUCCUCCUCCGCUGCCGAUGAGAUUGCCACCGAGAACAGCCUCCGCCAAGCUCGACUGAUUCUCGAGUACCAGGACCUCUGCGAUCACUACAAUGUCUCUCUCUCGCGCCUCCAAACCCUAACUAAUGAACUUGAGUUGAUUCGUCAAGAGAACGCGGAUCUCAGAGUCGCAAAUAGUGAGCUCCUCAAGCUUAUCAAUCUCUCUUCUCAGGCCGCCGCGAUGCAGCAUCAGGGCAGAGCUUUUGGAAUCAGCCGUGAUGUUGCCAUUGAGAGAAGGAACAGUGUUAAUAAUGUCGAGAGAGAGAGGGUGACGUUGCCGAAGAGCAUUUCCGUCAGAUCUAGUGGUUACGUGAAGGUGAAUCAAGCGGUUUCUGGUAAUGUGAGCACCAAUGGAGGCGGUCGCGAUGGUGCAAGUAGUAACUCGAGUCGGUCUCGUGUGGCGAGUCAGCUCGAUCAACUCGUUUCUGGAUCGUGCAUGCAGAUGCAGCAGAGGGUGUAUGUGCCAGGAGGAGGAGGGGGGAAGAGAUCAGAGGAGGAAAUAGCUGCUGGAAUGGAAUUGGAGGUGUUUAAUCAGGGGAUGUGGAAGACAGAGCUGUGCAACAAGUGGCAAGAGACAGGCACGUGUCCUUAUGAUAACAAUUGCCAGUUUGCUCAUGGCAUUGGCGAGCUACGUCCAGUAAUCAGACACCCGAGAUAUAAGACUCAAGCUUGCCGUAUGGUUCUCGCUGGAGGGGUUUGUCCUUAUGGACACAGAUGCCACUUUCGCCACUCUCUCACUGACCAAGACAGGUUACUACUGGGUCCUCGUUGAUCAUCUAAAAAUGCAUGGAUUAAUUUUGGACUUGAUUGAUUGAUUGAAAAGGGGAUGGUGUAAAGCUUAAGCAAAUGCCCAGGGUUUUAUGUAUAUAAACCUAAUCAGUAAUGUUCAUGCAUCAUAUGUCGUAAUGAUAAUAAGGAAAAACAAUAUAGAAUAAAAAAAAAAAAGUUGAAAAAUAUGGCAAAUUGUAUUUGAUAAAUUGGGGGCGAUCACUGAUCAUUGGGUAAGUUGUAAGUAAAGAGAAAAUUGGAUUUUAUUUUUUUUUGGUAGGAAAUAUUUCAAGUGGGGCUGGGGGGAGGGGGGGUAUGGUUUGUGAACAACCAACCCACCAACCAAAACCAAGACCAAACUCCAAGUUCUGUAAUGAUGCAUUCUUUGAAGUAUUCUACGCAACUUCCAUUUCAA